UGCUCUAAUGACUGCGCCAAGAAGCAGCAGACCAAGAGUUUUGGUUUUGUUUUGUUUGUGGUCGUGUCAUCAUUGGCUUUAACGAGGAAUUGUUCCAAAUUCUACGCCGUGACCUUCGCUGCGCCACAUUCAUUGCCAGUGUCAGCAGCGCAUAAAAGAACAAAAAAGUAAAAGACAAAAAAAUCAAUGGAAGACUUAACCCCAUUGACCAACCUUCAACAGUUUUAGUUGAGCAUUUUUUAUAUGUUUUCUUAACUGCCAGCGCAAUCAACACGCGCCUACUGCCCGCAUAUCCAUUUACAACAGUAUACAGAUAACUUAUCUACAAUUUUUAUUUCUUGCCGAGCCCGCCAAGCGCAAGCCGAAGAUGUCCGAACGACAGCCACUGCUGCUGCAGCAAAGUGACAAUUCCGAUUAUGAGGGCAAUCGCAGCGGAAACGGCUUAAUCCGGCCGCCGGUACGCAGCUCACCGCCGGACAGUACGCUGGUCAAUGUACACAGCGAGGACAGCAUCGCAGUACACGCUGCAGCCGCUGGGGAUGAUGAGGAUGAGCAGAGCAGUCAGACGGGCGAGGAACAGCAUAACAAAUCGCUUUACAAUCCCACACUACAUCGCACGCUGGAACAUCCAACAUCGAAUUUCGAUACGUUAGUCCAUUUGCUAAAAGGUAAUAUUGGCACUGGCAUCUUGGCCAUGCCGGAGGCAUUCAAGAAUGCCGGUCUCUACGUGGGUCUCUUUGGCACGCUGAUUAUGGGUGCCAUUUGUACGCACUGUAUGCACAUGUUGGUCAACUGUUCGCAUGAGUUGUGCAGGCGACUGCAGCAGCCGUCGCUGGACUUUUCGGAGGUGGCUUUCUGUAGUUUCGACACGGGUCCAUUGGGACUGAGACGUUACUCGCAGCUGGCGCGACGUGUUGUCACAACGUUUUUGUUCAUCACACAAAUUGGCUUCUGCUGUGUCUACUUUCUGUUCGUGGCGCUCAAUAUUAAAGAUGUGAUGGAUCACUAUUUUAAGCUGGAUGUACGCAUCUAUUUGCUGUUGAUGCUGUUACCCAUGGUGCUGUUGAAUUUGGUGCGCAACCUUAAGUACCUGACCCCUGUCUCUCUGUUUGCGGCCGUGUUGACAGUGGCCGGCUUGGCCAUUAGCUUUUCGUAUAUGCUACACGAUUUGCCCGAUACGCAUACCGUAAAACCGUAUGCCACCUGGGCCACAUUGCCUCUGUACUUUGGCACGGCGAUCUAUGCCUUCGAGGGCAUUGGCGUGGUGCUGCCUUUGGAGAAUAAUAUGCGCACACCCGAAGAUUUUGGCGGCAGAACUGGAGUUCUGAAUACGGGCAUGGUCAUUGUGGCCUGUCUGUACACCUCCGUUGGAUUCUUUGGCUAUUUGAAGUAUGGUGAGAGUGUUAAGGGCAGCAUUACGCUCAAUUUGCCACAGGGUGAUGUUCUAUCGCAGUUGGUACGAAUCUCCAUGGCCGUGGCUAUAUUUCUGUCCUAUACUCUACAAUUUUAUGUGCCUGUCAACAUGGUGGAACCCUUUGUACGCAGUAACUUUGAUACAGCACGCGCUAAGGACUUGGCUGCUACGGUGCUACGCACAGUGCUGGUCACAUUUACCUUUAUUUUGGCCGCCGUCAUACCCAAUCUGGGCUCGAUUAUCUCGCUUGUCGGCGCCGUCAGCAGCUCGGCAUUGGCGCUAAUCGCGCCGCCCAUUAUUGAGAUUAUUACCUAUUAUAAUGUGGGUUACGGCCGCUAUAACUGGAUGCUAUGGAAGGAUUUUCUCAUAUUGAUAUUUGGUCUGUGCGGUUUUGUGUUUGGCACCUGGGCAAGCUUGGCUCAAAUUAUAAAUCCGAGCAUAGACUAGAUGCCAUCUCCAAUAAUUUUUAUGAUCAUGUGCGAAUUUACGACGAAGGCUUUACUGUAGUUUAUUUUUCGACUACAACUCUACUUUAAGUUUUCCUUUAUACAUAUUGACUUUGUUCGAUUUUGGUUUAGUUUAAUGUUCAGGAUUUCUGUUGCCCGAAGACGUUGACGUCGCCAGUGCUUUGAUUCGGAUUCGAUUUUAAACUUUAUUUAACUUAAAAUAAUUUAAAUGAUUUUAUUUAUUUAGAUUAGCGCAAUAUAUAACUUUCCGUACCAGACAAUAAUUAGCAUUUUUCUAAGGCCAAAAAAUCGUUGUAGCUUAUUUAGUAUAUUUUCUGAUUUGAUUUAGUUUGUUUUAUGUCGCGGUUAGUUAAGUUUAAAGUUUGAUUCGAUUAUCGCACAAUGCCAAAAAGUGAUUUCGUAUAGUAUUUCUAAACACUGAUUGUUUAGUUGUUACUGUUUAGGAUUUUAGUUUAAGGCCAACGCAGCUCAUUCCAAAAGCCAACGGCCGUAACAAAUUGUGUUUGAUGAAUACAUUAUAACUGUUGUAUGUGUGUUGCGUCAUACCCUGUACUAUAUGAUAUACGAUACAAUAUACGUAGCGAUUAUAUUAAACAUCACACAUACAUAGCUACAAAUGCUGUGAAGUGGGCCCAGCCUAUGAGAAGGAAUCUCUUAAUAUAUAUAUAUUCUGCUCAUACUGCUGGACAAUUGGCAUCAAUAAGAU